AAUUCAACACCCGUGAUAUCUUGUGUGUUGGAGUUUCUAUUUCCACUUUCAAAAUCAACUGUAGCCACUCUUGCUUGUUCCUCUCUUCUCUGUCCUCACUCACCUGCUUCAUCCCCUUUUUCUCUGCGAUUCAUCUUCAAUUUCGAUCUCUUCUCUCUGGUGUUGAAUAGGUUUCUGUGUGAGUGAGGUGAAAUCUCAAAAAAGCAUGUGGUGGCUGAGUUUAUGUGUUGAUGUAUUUCGCAAAGGGAUUUCAUUGAAUCUGUACUGCAAAGUGAUUCUGUAAAUUGUGAUUUUGUGAUCUAAUUCUAAACAUCUUUACAUAUUCUCUCACACUAUUACCAUGGGAUCCAGUUUCUUUGUUGUCAUUCCUUGUUACGUUCGUCAGAUCAGCUGAAGGGUAGUAAAUUAUUCCAUCAAAAUCACUGUUUUCUCAUAUAAACCUGUUUAGGUCUCAGUAAUUAGCCUUUUUCUCUCUCUAGGAGUGAAGUAGUUUAGCACUUUGGGCAGUGGAAGUGUUCAGAUUAGUUGUCAUUAGCAAGAUUGUGAUUGUUGUGUAUUGAAUUGAAUUGAAGAGGGUUGGGAAGUAGUUAUGGUGUGCCAAGCAGCAAGCCAGACGAAAUUUCGGGCAUUGAAACAUGAAAAUGGAUGUGCCGGGAGUUCAACGAUUAUAGUUAGAAUUAUUGCAUGCUUUCAACAACUCAGAGAAUGCCAGGCUGAAUAUUUCCGUCAGUUGCUCAAACCUGUCACGUAACUGUUUUGCCUUGCUCCGUUUGGAUUGGGUUGGUUAAGUUAAGCUGGUGAUUUUAGUUGUUUUUCUUGUUCUUGAAAGAAAGAAUUAGCUAUUGUAAUACAUAUAUAGCUCUUGGAUUGAAGUCGUUUUUCUUCAGGUGAUUGUUGGGAUUGAAUGGAAGAACAUUGUGGAACCUGGAAACAGCAUCCGCAAUUUGGAUGGCAAUCACCAAAUUUGAGUUCCCAUGAUGUGGGGAAGCGAGAUGGCAUUUGUGCAAAUAUGAACCCUCCUGGUGUCAAUUUUGAACCAAAUACAAUGCCAGCUUUUGGGUCCUCAGCACUGCCUCAUUUGCAGUUUGGACAUUCUUAUGAACCCCAUGGUUGGUUUUAUUGUUUGCCUCGCUUUCGGCAAGGAUUUAUUCCUGCUCCAAGCUUCGCUGCUGAGGAAAAACCCUCUGCUGACCAUGUGAAAGGUUUUAGGGACAAAAUUGCUCCCUGUGAUGAAUCAAGCUCCCCUCAGAAACAAUUCCUUGUUGUUGACCAGACGUGUGGUCGAACAACUGUUGUUUAUAGUUCUAGGUUUGGGAGUCCCAAUGAGUGCCUUGACUCCUGGCAUUCAAAACUGUAUGGUACUAACUAUUGGAGUGGGAAUGAACCUUCCUUUAGAAGAGAUUUGAAUUUGAAUUUGAAUCAGAUGACUGGGCCAACUUUGGCCGAUCAAGUCGAUGAGAAUCAGGGAACUGAUAAUGAAAGUGAGAUGCAUGAAGACACAGAAGAAAUUAAUGCAUUGCUUUACUCAGACAGUGAGGCCUACUCUGCCGAGGAUGAUGAUGACGAUGAUGAAGUUACUAGCACAGGGCACUCUCCCAGCACAAUGACCACUCAUGAUAACCACAAAACCUUAAGGGGAACUGCAGAAGAAGUUGCGAGCUCUGCUGGGAAAGCCAAGAAGAGGAAGUUAGUGGAUGGUUAUAAUGAUGACAUACAAGUCAUGGAUACUGCUAAUUCUCUGCAGCAUAAAAAAUCCCCAGCCGUGGGUGAUAAUGAUGCAGAAUCAAGAUGUUCUUAUGGCAACAUUGAAGGAUCAGGCAAUAAGAAGAUGAAAAAGGAGAAGAUACGAGAUGUCCUGAGCGUUCUAGAGAGCAUAAUUCCCGGUGGCAAGGAUAAGAACCCGGUCAUGCUUCUCGAAGAUGCCAUAAGUUGCUUGAAAUCCUUGAAACACAAGGCUAAAGCUCUAGGCCUCGAUGCCCUGUAAGUUGGAGAGUUCUUAGCCAGGUGUAUAUCAUUACUCUUCACCUAAGUAGUACUUCAUCAUGCAAGUUGUGGUCUUUUGCUGGUUGUUUGUGGAGGGUGUCGAAUAAAUAAGGUAAAAUUGAUGUUUUAGGGGAACUAUAUAUUAGGAUGUGUUCAGCAAAGUAAGUGUUAAGUGUGAAAUUCAAGCAUAGUUCUCUGAACCCCUUAUACUUCUGAAACUCUUCCUUGGUGAUUGAGUUGGAAGUUGGAACUGGAAAAUCAGCUGGUAUGGUAUGGUCAGUGUAAAAGAAAAGCGCUUGAGAGUUUUCACAUUAGAGGAUCAUGAUACCUGUAUUAAGCUUAAUAAAUGAAGUGUGAAUCUGUAGUCCACGGUUUAUGACAAGAAAAAGUGGCACUCACACCAGACCAAAUUAUGGGAUGUGAGGUAUUUUGUAAGAGAAAGCUGGUAAUUGCAGAUAAGGGACCCAAACACGCCUAUUAGCUGAUAUGGGGUUCUUCAAUCAUACUUCCUCCUUUUGUAUUCUUGUCAUGUACUAUAAUCCUUUGUGGUUUGAUUUAGCUUUGCCUAUGGGAAACAGAUAUUCGGGUUUGGUUAAUGCCAUGUUAUAUUUAUGGGCUUGUGUUGUGUGUAUUGCUAUUUGUGUAUGGACUACUUUCAAGAGAAUAGAAAAGGAUGAAUAUCUCUUGGUUGGGUGUUUGUUUUAUUCAA